AUGGCGAUGAAACUGGUUUACUUCGACCUGAGGGGGAAGGCAGAGGUCCUUCGCCUCAUGCUCCAUGUCGCAGGGCAGGAGUUUGAUGACUGUCCUGGGGGGGUGAACAAGGCAGAUUGGGAUUCUCAGUUGCUGUUCGGGCAACUUCCGCUGCUCAUCGAUGGGGAUCGCAAGAUUGUCCAGUCUGGAGCGAUCGCUCGCUACCUUGCCUCCAAACUGAACUUGUGCGGAAGCACUGAGGAUGAUAAGCUUCUGUGCGAUCAGUUGUACGAGGGGGCUGAAGACGUGUUUCAAGCCCUCUGGCCGGCAUGCACAAAAUACCGCGGCGGAAGUCCUGAGGCCCUGGAGAAGGUGCUUGCGGAGGGGGGCAAUGUACACAAGUACUUGACAAGGUUCAACGCCAUCCUUGAAGGAAAGAAGUUCUUCCUUGGCGAAACUUUCAGCUAUGCAGACCUUGCCCUUUACAACGUUUUGACACUCUCCAGUGCCAUUGACGUGAACAAUUACAUAGCGCCUAACUUCCCUAACAUCAAGAAGCACUUCGAUGCGGUCGAAGCUCAUCCUAAGAUCGACGCAUAUAACAAGUCGGGGAAGCGACGCCCUCCAUUCGAGCCCUUCACGUUCUAG